CUUGAAGGACUGACCUUGCUGACAGACGGCAAGACCCGGCUUGUUAUGAAGGCCAACGAAGCACUCUACACGAACACGAUGGGGCUCUGUGGCACAUUCAACCACAAUGUUCAGGACGAGUUUCUGUGCCCCGGUGGGGACGUCGAUCAACAGGUGGAGUCCUUUGUUCGUCAGUGGGCGAACGCCGAGUGCACCGACGUGAGACCAGCCACCCAACAGUGCGACGAAGCCCAGCCUCACUGGCGAGAGAGCAAGAAACUCUGCAGGCAGCUCUACCUAAACUCAUUUGCAGGAUGCCACGAAGCGGUGCAUCCGGAGCAGUUCUUCGAGCUGUGCAUCCAGGCAGCCUGCAGCUGCGCCUCCGACGCCAGGGACUGCAUCUGCCCCGUGCUCUCGCACUACGCCCACGCCUGCGCCCAGAGGGGCCACGUCCUGGACUGGAGGAACGACGUGCCGCAGUGCGGUGUGUCCUGCGAGAACGGCCAGAGCUACCGGAGCUGCGCGUCCGUGUGCGACUCGAGCUGUAGCCUGAUCGGCCGCAACGUGAGCUGCGCGUCCCGCUGCGUCGAGGGCUGCGCGUGCGGCCCGGGCCACAGCGCCGACAGUCGGGGACACUGCGUGCCGGUCAGCGAGUGCGGCUGCCUCUUCAGGGGCCACGAGUUCCCGGCGGGAUUCAAGCAGCGCAGACACUCCGAGCACUGCGAGUGCAGCGGCGGUAAGUGGCACUGUCGGCCGGCCAACACGGACGACGUGAUCUUCCUGCCGUCGACGGAAUCGUGCGCGGCCAACGAAGAGUACACCGAGUGCCUGUCCACCUGCCCCAGGACGUGCAGCACGCUCAACAAACAAGACGGACCCGAAUGCGCCGUGGACGUGUGCCAGGCCGGAUGCCAGUGA